GGAUUGAAGUGGAUCUAGGGACAAACGGAUGACUGAAUAUUCAUAUGAAGAGGAAAGCCAUAAAAGACAUCAGCGCCUUUGAGAACAGAAUGUUAAUGCUUGAUGGGAUGCCGGCAGUCAGAGUCAAAACAGAGCUGCUGGAAUCUGAGCAAGGGUCUCCAAACGUCCACAACUAUCCAGAUAUGGAAGCUGUACCCUUGUUACUAAACAACAUGAAGGCAGACCCCACGGAGGAUUCAUUAUCUACAGACCAUUUCCAAACACAGACUGAACCAGUGGACUUGUCAAUAAACAAAGCCAGGUCGUCCCCUACAGCAGCUUCAUCUUCACCAGUUUCCAUGACAGCAUCAGCCUCCUCCCCUUCUUCCACUUCUACUUCGUCUUCUUCUUCUUCUAGUCGACCAGCUUCAUCACCCACAGUAAUAACAUCGGUAUCCUCAGCAGCGUCUGUACCGUCAGUAUUAACUCCAGGUCCUCUUGUGGCCUCAGCAUCUGGUGUUGGAGGCCAGCAGUUUUUGCACAUUAUCCAUCCAGUACCACCUUCCAGCCCCAUGAACUUGCAGUCCAACAAAAUGAGUCAUGUGCACCGUAUCCCCGUGGUGGUACAGUCGGUACCUGUUGUCUAUACAGCUGUGAGAUCACCUGGGAAUAUGAACAACACUAUAGUAGUACCACUGUUAGAGGAUGGGAGAAGCCACGUCAAAGCACAAAUGGACCCCCGAGGCCUAUCUCCCAGACAAAUUAAAAGUGACAGUGAUGAUGACGACCUGCCAAAUGUGACCUUAGAUAGCGUUAAUGAAACUGGAUCUACAGCGCUCUCCAUAGCCAGAGCAGUACAAGAUUCAAUUUCACCAUUCAGUAUUGAGAGCACAAGGCGUCAGAGGAGGUCUGAGUCUCCAGACUCCAGGAAGCGGCGCAUCCAUCGGUGUGACUUUGAGGGAUGCAACAAAGUAUACACAAAAAGUUCCCACCUGAAAGCUCACCGGAGGACGCACACAGGAGAAAAACCCUACAAAUGUACCUGGGAAGGCUGCACCUGGAAGUUUGCUCGCUCCGACGAACUGACGAGGCAUUACCGCAAGCACACAGGAGUGAAGCCAUUCAAGUGUGCAGACUGUGACCGCAGCUUUUCCCGCUCAGAUCACUUGGCGCUCCACCGCCGUAGGCACAUGCUGGUUUGAGAAACGCUACCUGUUCCAGCCGAGUUUAAGAGCUGGGUCUCUUAACUAUCUGGAGUGAAUUCAGCAGGGCUGAAUCCCCCUCUACAGUGUUAACAUUCAGGGCUUCCCCUGAUGUCCGUAACAAAACAUAGUAACAGAAAUUAUUAAAAAAAGGCAGGAAAAGAAGUGCCACUCUUCUCCUCACCAUUUGAAGUUAACCCCGCCUGCCCCUCAGCAUGGCUACCCC